AUGGGAUCGACCCCUACCGACCUCCUCUCCACCAAAUCUUACGGGCUUGAAGCUCUGAGGUUACAGCGCCUGACAGAGGGUGCAUGCGAUCCUGAUCUCCGCAAUGACUUCAGAGAUAUUAAACACACUACCUUGAGUGAGCGUGCUGCUCUUCGGGAAGCUUUGCGUUGCCUGAAAUGCGCUGAUGCACCAUGUCAGAAAGGCUGUCCUACACAGCUGGACGUCAAAGCAUUCAUAACUAGUAUAUCAAAUAAGAACUACUAUGGAUCUGCUCGUCAAAUCCUCAGUGAUAACCCUCUCGGGUUGACAUGUGGAAUGAUCUGCCCGACUUCGGACCUUUGUGUCGGCGGAUGUAAUCUACAGGCUAGCGAAGAAGGAGCUAUCAACAUUGGAGGUCUUCAACAGUUCGCUUGUGAGGUCUUCAAGAAGAUGAACAUUCGCCAGAUCGUUUCAAAGGAGAUUCGAGAAAGCAGAAAUAAGUCCCACUCAUCGCCUAUUGCUCUCAUCGGAUGCGGUCCGGCAUCAAUUUCAUGCGCCUCAUUUCUUGCCAGACUUGGUUACACCGACGUUACAAUAUACGAGAAGCAAAAGUAUAUUGGAGGAUUGAGUUCCUCAGAAAUACCGCAGUUCCGUCUACCAUACUCAGUGGUCGAUUUCGAAAUCCAACUAGCACGAGAUAUUGGAGUAAAGAUUGAGACCGGACGAGCACUUCACAAAUCAGACCUUACUGUUGAAAAACUGAAGGCUUCCGGAGCGAAGGCGAUCUUCAUCGGUAUCGGCAUGCCUGAACCAAAGAAGAUCGGCGUUUUCAAAGGGUUGGAUCAAAGCCAUGGAUUCUUUACCAGCAAAGAUUUCCUGCCAAUGGUCGCAGCUGCCAGCAAACCGGGUGAUACGGCGUUCGACUGUGCCACGUCCGCUCUACGAUGCGGUGCUUCCAGGGUUACCGUUGUAUUCCGUAAAGGAUUCACUGGUAUUCGUGCUGUGCCAGAGGAGAUGGAAGCAGCUCGAGAGGAACGAUGUGAGUUCAUGCCAUAUUGCUCUCCAAAAGCCGUGAACAUCAAGGACGGUCGCAUUGUUUCAAUGCAGUUUGUUAAGACAGAGCAGGACUUGGAUGGGAACUUGGUAGGUACUGCCCAAUCAUCUCUAGUUCGAAUGAAAUCGAAUAAUCUUGAAAUCCUUCGCAGGUUCGAGGAUGAAGAACAAUCGCUCACACUUAAGGCCGACUACAUCAUCUCUGCUUUCGGCUCAACACUUCUUGAUCCUGAUGUGGUAUCUGCCAUGGCUCCUGUCAAAAUGAACAAAUGGGGAACACCCGAAGUGAACAAGGCCACGCAAGGAACCAAUGUGCCAUGGGUCUUUGUUGGUGGAGAUGUCGGCGGUGUCGCCGAGACGACCGUUGAGUCUGUUAAUGAUGGAAAGGUGGCGGCCUGGUCAAUACACAAGUACAUCCAGUCACUCCAUGGUAACGAUGUGGGAUCUACUCCAAAGCUGCCAAUGUUCUACACCCCGAUUGAUGAGGUUGAUAUAUCAGUGGAGAUGUGUGGAGUAAAAUUUGAAAAUCCAUUUGGCCUAGCGUCAGCUCCUCCGACAACAUCAGGGCCAAUGUGUCGCCGUGCAUUCGAACAAGGCUGGGGCUUUAUACUGACGAAAACAUACGGUCUGGACAAGGAUCUCGUCACUAAUGUUUCACCUCGAAUUGUGCGAGGAUCAACUAGCGGACCUAUUUACGGUCCUAAUCAGGUCAGUUUUGGCUAA